AUGUCGGGCAGAGGGUCUCCUGCCCCAGAGAGGAGCAGCAGCGGCGGGCAGACAGGCGAGGCAAAGGCUGUGGCGCAGCCCUCUGACAGCGUCAGUGUCCGGGGUGUCUCCUACACCGUCAGAGAACGUGUUGGCCCAUGGUGGAACAUUUCUUUAUAUCAUAAAAAAUGGACCCGGCAAAUACUUAAGGAUGUUUCUUUUCACGUAGAGAGUGGCCAGAUGAUGGGGAUUUUAGGAAAUUCUGGAUCUGGGAAAACAACACUUCUGGAUGCAAUAUCAGGAAGACUGGGACAUAAAGACAACUUUGGUGGAGUGUACAUGAAUGGGCGUCAGCUGAAGAAAGAACAGUUUAGAGAUUGCUUCUCUUAUGUGCCACAGAGUGACGCUUUGUUAAGCUUCCUCACCAUACAAGAGUCUCUGACCUACACUGCUUUACUAACUCUUCAUAAAUGCUCUGACGACUUCAUCAAAAAGAAGGUAGAUGCAGUUAUGGCUGAGCUGAGUCUCAGCCACAUUGCUGACAAAAUAAUUGGAAGCCGUAUUCUUGUAGGAAUUUCUGGGGGUGAGAGACGUCGUGUUUCAAUUGCAGCCCAGCUAUUACAAGAUCCCAAGGUCAUGCUACUUGAUGAACCAACAACAGGGUUGGACUGCCUGACUGCAAACCAGAUUGUCUCGCUUCUCUCAGAGCUUGCACACAGACACAGGAUUGUGAUUAUUACAAUUCAUCAGCCUCGCUCAGAACUCUUCAGGUUAUUUGACAAAAUAGCCAUCAUGAGCUUUGGAGAAAUGGUUUUCUGUGGGAACCCUAUGGAAAUGAUCACAUUUUUUAGUGACUGUGGCUAUUCUUGUCCUGAGCAAUCAAAUCCUUUUGACUUCUAUGUGGAUCUGACAUCUGUGGACACCCAAAGCAAGGAACGUGAACUCGAAACCUACAGUAGGGUUCAGGUAAUUGUAUCAGCCUACAAAAACUCGGAGAUCUUUGGCAAAGUACUGGCAGCCAUUGAAAGAACAAAGGGUAUGAAAGAGCUGCCACCAAUACCGUUCAAAAACAAAGACUCACCCAGUGCCUUUUACAAAUUAUGGAUUCUUUUACGGAGGACAACAAGAAACUUCUCCAGAGAUAAGAUGGGCAUCAUCAUGCGUCUCCUCCAGAAUCUGUUAUUUGGCUUGUUUGUAGUAUUUUUCCUUCUUAGACUAAGGAAUGACCUGGUAAAAGGAGCCGUGCAGGACCGUGUGGGGCUUGUCUACCAGUGCGUGAGUGCCCCCCCCUACACAGGGAUGCUCAAUGCUGUUGCCCUUUUCCCACCUUUACGUGCUAUCAGUGACCAAGAAAGCAAAGAUGGCUUGUAUAAGAAGUGGCAAAUGCUUAUAGCUUAUAUAGUACAUUUCCUGCCCUUCAGUGUCAUCAGCGUGGCGAUUUUCAGCACCUUUAUAUAUUGGACUGCAGGGUUGUAUCCUGAUGCUUCCAGAUUUGGAAUUUUCUUUGCUGUUGUCUUAGCAUCUCAUGUAAUUGGUGAACUACUAACGCUUGUUAUACUUGGCGUGGUUCAAAACCCAAAUAUUGUCCAAAGCGGAGUGGUGCUACUUAGUUCAGCAGGUGUGAUAGUGGGAACGGGACUAGUAAGGACCAUUGAAGAAAUGCCAACACCUUUUAAAAUACUCAGUUAUCUUACCUUUCAAAAAUACAGCAGUGAAGUUCUUAUAGUCAAUGAAUUUUAUGGCUUAAACUUCACAUGUGGUGGAGCCAACAGUUCCACUGCAAUUAAUGCUGCGUGUAUUUUCUCUCAUGGCAUUGAGUUCAUUGAAAAAAACUUUCCUGAUGCAUUGUCCCGGUUCACAAUCGAUUUCCUAAUACUCUAUGCUUUUCUACCAGGACUUGCCAUUAUAGCAAUUCUGAGCUUCAAAAUAAGAGAGAGAAUUAUUGGCAGGCAAUAAAAAAGUAGCAGUUCUAACGAUGUCUAAUACUACACUUUCAACUUUAUUAUGGUUGAAGGCUUAAAUUGUUGGAUUUUAGAUAGAGAGAAUUUAAGUGAUUAUACAUAUAGAAACACAUUCAUCUUCUCAUGUUUGUUUCUAACUGGAUGUUUUCCAUCUUGCAAAACAAUGUUCUCUUAAGAGUGUGAAUGGCUUCCUGCUAUUGGUAUUCCCACCCCACUCCCAAAUCAGCCAUAAUCAACAGUAUUACAUGUUUUAAAGGACAUUUUGAAUUUAAUUUAGUCAGCUGUUGCUGUCAAUUUUUAACAAUGUAGCAAUGGUGCUCUAAUUUUUUCCCCAGUAUUUUGGUUUUUAACCAUUACCAAUAAGCAGAGGGGUACAAUUGCUAGUAAAUCUCGUUUCUAGAAUUGUAUUUUAAAUCCUAUGCUUUGUUUUAAUACUAUUUGGGGGAUUUGUAGAAA